CAAAAUGUCACUUGAAGACAUAAAACGGGUGACCCAAAACUUUCAUGGUGACAAUUUCAUCGGCGGGGGAGGAUUUGGUAAAGUCUUUAAAGGAAACCUUCAAGAUGGAGAAGGAAUUAAAACCAUUGUUGCAAAGCGAUUGGAUACAAGGUUUGGUCAAGGAGAACAACAAUUCUUUAGUGAGCUCCAAAUUCUUUUGGAUUAUAAACAUGAGAAUGUCAUUGGUCUUGUAGGCUACUGUGAUGAAAAUGAUGAAAAAGUCCUUAUCUAUGAGUAUUUGUCCAGGGGAAGUCUUGAUAGGUAUUUGAAUGAUACUUCUCUUACAUGGGUGAAACGACUUAAUAUAUGCAUUGAUGUUGCAAGAGCGUUGGAUUUCCUACACGGAGGAGUAGGAAAACAAGCAAAGGUCAUACAUAGGGACAUCAAAACUGAAAACAUCCUGUUAAACAAUGAUUGGAAAGCAAAACUGGCUGAUUUUGGGCUAUCGCUAAUAUGUUCAAUAAAUCAGGAAACAGACUAUAUCAUCGAUCAUGCGUGUGGCACAAGAGGAUACGUGGACCCACUUUAUAGACAGUCGGGAUUCCUAACCAUAGAGUCUGAUAUUUACUCUUUUGGUGUUGUUUUAUUUGAGAUUUUGUGCGGGAGAUCAACGUUUGCAAUCCACAAACAUGAGGGUCACUAUCUACCGGAUUUCAUUAAAAACAACUUUGAAGAAGGAACGUAUGCUGAGGUGGUGUUCAAACAAAUAAGGGAACAAAUCGUGCCGAAAUCGUUGACUACAUUUCAAGAGAUUGCCUACCAAUGCCUACAUCUUGAACGAGAAAAAAGACCGACAACAAAAGAAGUUUUGGUAGAACUUAAGAAGGCAUUGGAAUUUCAAUCGAAUUCGGAUGUUUCCAUAAUUGAGACACAAGUAGUUGAGCUAUCCAGUGAAUUGAACGAUAUGAACAUGACUGGCAAAUCUGAAAAUUCUGAAAUACGUAACAAGGAAAAGAUGUUACUUCACCAAACCGAUGACCAAGCUGAAUCUGACUGUUGAAAGUAUAGAUUCUCAGGAAGACUGCUACACCUUCUCUGCUGAAUAUCUCAUAAACAAAUGCACGUAUAUGAAAAGGAGGCUUAGUUGCAGGUACUUUUGGUCGGUGUAUUAGGUAGGGUGGGUUGAAUAACAGAUUGGCGUUCAUACGGGUCUUGUUUCAUAUAGGUUUAAACCGGCAAGUUGGAUUG